AUGAGCGUAGAGUACACUUAUACAGACGCCAAGGAGCUCUCCAGUGGUGCCUUUAGCUCUGUCUUCUGCGCAGUGCAACGAAAUGCAGCAGGAAAUCCUGUCCGGCUGGUUGCCCUCAAGCGGCUGAACAAAAUCCCAGAGAAUGACAGAAAUAUACUUUCAAACGACCCUCAUCGGGAGAAGAUGUUUCUGGAGGCUCUCUGUCAUGAAAAUGUUGUGGAGUUGCUUGAUUUUUUCGAGUCAAUGCCUUACAGUCACUCUCGGAAAGGGUCUCGCUUCAUAGCCAAUAGUGAUUCUGAAGAGCUACACUGUACAGCAACAUCGGACGGAGAGGAGUCCUCAGAGGAGUCCUUCGAAGAGGAGAAUCGACAGGAGUUGAGAAGGGCUUUAAGUCAGGCACCACUUGCAGAUGUGCUCGAGUGCGAUUCGCAGGUACUAGCAUCUAACAUGUAUAACGUCUCAAACAUGUCGAAUAGAACCACAACUGAGAGCAUUCCGAGGCUUACAGAUGAGCACGACUUAACAGAGGAAGACUUGAGCAUAGUACCCCUCAGCACCGGGGCCACGUCACCCCACUCAGCCCAGUUAAAUAGUUCAGAUACCUUGCUGGGCAGCCAAUCAAGCGUUGCUGAGUCCAUUGAGAAACAGCGAAGAAGUAGGGGUCCAUCUGGAAGCGUGCGAUCACGGUCAUCGCACAUUACAUCACGCUCUGGUGCCCGUCUCACAAAAGUGUACUUUAUAGUGAUGGCAUAUUUUCCGUACAACCUUCACGAUCUCCUGUAUUGCAAUGAUGUCCGGUUCCAUCUGCCCCAGCGCCUUCCCAUUGCUAUAGCCAAGAACAUCUGUUUGCAAAUGGCCCGGGGGGUCGCAUACGUCCAUAGCCGCAACAUUAUCCAUAGGGAUCUGAAGUUGCUAAACUUUCUACUUGCAGCAGAUGGCACAGUCAAGCUGGGUGACUUUGGACAGUCGUGCCAUAUCUCGGAGGCAAAGCUUUCUAAUUCUGGCACACGUAACUACAGGGCAAUAGAGUUGUGUCUGGGCCGGACAGACUACGACUACUGUGUCGAUGUGUACUCAUUGGGCUUGCUCUUCUUUGAGGUUAUAUGUGGGAGGCCUCUGUUUAGCUGUUCUAACGACAUAGAAUACGUUUACAAAACAAACCAGCUUCUGGGGCCGCUGUCGCCGUUCGAAUCGGUAUAUUCUGCUCCCGACUUCGACAAGCUUGUACUGACAUCAGAGCAUGAAUUUCAAUCUGGUUUGCUGUCCCUUCUAAAUAAAUACUAUCCUGAGAUACCGGAAGGGUUCUACUCUGAGAGCUUCUUUGCAGCACCCGAGCGGUCACGUCAGCUACCCCAACUGCAUUCUAAUCCUGCCACCAUUAAGAAGCCUAAGAUGGUACAAUCAAUGAACACCAUAGUAGACGGUGUGUCCAGCAAAAGUGCCAGGAGCGAUGGGGGCAACAAAGGCUCCCUCUUCUGUAACUUAUUGUGCGGUAUGUUGCACCCCAACAUAAAGCAGCGGCUCAAAAUGCCCGAGGUACUGUCGCAUCCAUGGUUUCGAGACGGUAUAGGAUCAACAGAACUAGUAGCCAAGUUCAUUAAACUCUCUGAUGCAGCCACCGUGGACAAAGAUCGAUAA